GCUCGCGCCGCCGCCGCCGUCCAGGAAGCUGCCGCUUCUGCUUGCCGUCGCCGUUGAGAUCGCGGGCUUGGAACCGCCGCGCCUUCAUUCCCGCUGCUCGCCUUUCCUGUCACAGCCACCGUCGCCGCCACGAAGUCCGUCGCCGUUGCUGCAGCUGUCAGCGCCGUCAUCCAUGGGUGAGGCAGAGGAGAGAGAUCCGGGAGGAAGGGAGGAUCAGGACCUGUCCAGCCACCGCGCACAGUUGCCGCUCCUAUCACCGGCCAUCCUCAUCAAAUCCGCCGCCUCCGAAGCUUCUGGCUGCGACUUCUGGCCGCACCUCAACCUCUGCCGCCGGAGAGCGCUGCUGCCACCGAAAACCGUCUGUGUAUGUUGGAAACUGCCGCCGGAACCCCUGUCUUCUUGGUUUGGGUUCCAAUAUUUGCGUGUCGAAAUUAAGGUUGUUAUUGAACCACCGGAGCUUUGGGGAGUGCCGGAGCUUCCGCCUGGUCGGUUUAGAGGGUCAUUGCUGCUUUGUUUCUCGUGGUUGCUGCCGCUGCUGUAAAAUUGAAGAUAAAUAAAAGAGUAAUUGAUGAGUCUAACUACUGAGCUUUGACUAAAUCGAGGAACCGGAUGAAGAAGCAUUAAGAAGAGUUAAACUCCGUUUAGUUUUAUAUGUUGUAUUAAUUAGAUUAUUUUCUUCCCUCGUCUUUAUUUUUACAAUUUUUGCAAGAGGGAUAGGAGUUGUAUGAUUUAUAUAUUUAUAUUAAAAGAUAUUAUGUAAGAAGCCUUGUAUAUGAAUCUAUGCCUGCUUGUUUUUUUUUUUUAGGAUAAAGUAUUUCUUUUCUGGUUUUCAAAGAAAUCAGCGAUACGGUGUUAAGUCACAGGCUCCUAUUUUAAUAUUUAGUACGUAAAGUAGUCAUAAUACUUCUUGCUAUCAGAGUGGCGCAGCCGGAAGCGUGACAUUCUGGUAGUGAGGGUGUUAAAUUAUGGUAUCAGAGCAGUUCAUCCUUAUUAGAGCCUUGGGAAUGGACUGACUAUGCUUCAUUGCAUACUCUGAG